AUGGAGACAGCAGUAGGGGAGACACUUGCUGCUGCUGCUGCUGCUGCAGCAGCAGCAGCAGCAGCAGAAGCUGACGGAUCACCACCAGAUUCACCUAUUACUGGAUCUCCUCCAAUGUCUCCUACUGCAACUACAGCCCCAGGAUCAGAAGAAGAAGAUGAAGAAGGACAGCAGCAGCAGCAGCAGCAGCAGCAGCAGCAACAGCAACAGCAGCAGCAGCAGGAAGAAGAAGAAGACAAAGGACUUAAACCAAGGAAGGCAUUGUCAUCACACACAAAAAUAUCUACAGAUAGACGCAUAACUGAUUUGUGGGCACCGGAGACAUUUGAUCUCCUUAGUACAGGUUAUACAAGAGGCCAUUUAGCUCCUCGUUCUUCGCAUUUGUCUGAUUCAAGUAUUGAUACAAUGCCAACAAAUAUUUCUCCACAAGAUCAAAGACUAAAUAGUUUUCAUUGGUAA